GUCUGAGUCGCCAUUUUUUGUUUAUUUUUGGUUUGAGUGGUGCGCAGCAUCAAAUUCCUCCACUGGACAAGUUUGUCCACAAAAUGCCUUGGUAGCAAACAUAUAAAAAUAGAUAUAAACAUUUAAAUAAGGUAUCGCUCUUUUAAAACAUUCGUCAUAGCUGUAUCCCUCCGAAAUUAGUAUAUUUAUGACAUUUUGCGAUUUUUCCCUUAUACGUAAGAACUAUAGUUGGUACCUUUUUUUCUAUCGGACACAUUUAACUGAAGGACAGCGGAAGUUAUUAGAGGUCGCCAUGUGAUUUGUCGGCUGAAAUAUGAUUCAAAGCAAAUAGCUGUGUCCAAUGCAAAGGCUUGGUAGGAUGUCACACAAAAUAACAUGUACAGUAAAUUAGCAAAAUGUGUCUUGCAAAUUGUAUACAUUCCAGUCAUAGUCAACCGUGUGGCGUAUGUGUAUGCAUAAAUUAGGAACCCGGACAACAUAUAGCUGGGUCGUUAGCCCGGUCGAAACUAGCUCGUUUUGUCCGAAGUGGCAUUAUAGGUUGUCCAGUUACUUAUUGUCUGUGAUGGCUGAUUUCAGCUUGCCAAACCCCUUGAACACUUAUUUCUCUUAGUGUAAAAGUUUGAUUCAGGUCCAUCUGUUCAGGGCAAAGGUUUUUACACCAUUGUGUACCCUUUAAGACCAUGCCCCUUUCAGACUUCUUGGGGGCUCUGAAGGAUAACCCCUAUUUUGGGGCUGGCUUUGGGCUGGUGGGGGUUGGCACGGCACUGGCGUUAGCCAGGAAGGGGGCUCAAGUUGGCAUGAUAUUCUUUCGGCGAAAUUACAUGAUCACCCUGGAGGUCCCCAGCCGGGACAAGAGCUAUCAUUGGCUGCUCAGCUGGAUCACCAAACACGCCCGCCACACACAGCACCUGAGUGUGGAGACUUCCUACCUGCAGCAUGAGAGCGGUCGCAUUCAUACCCAGUUCGACUUUCACCCCAGCCCAGGAAACCACAUCAUCUGGUACAAACACAAAUGGAUCAGAGUGGAGAGGACCAGGGAGAAGCAGAUGGUGGACCUCCACACGGGCACACCGUGGGAGUCGGUCACAUUCACUGCGCUGGGGAGGGACCGCGAGGUCUUCUUUAACAUUCUGCAGGAAGCAAGGGAGCUGGCUCUGAAGCAGGAGGAGGGGCGGACGGUGAUGUACACGGCCAUGGGGGCGGAGUGGAGGCCUUUUGGGUUCCCGCGGCGACGGCGACCCCUGAGUUCGGUGGUGCUCGACCAAGGAGUGGGCGAAAGGAUAGUGGAGGACGUGAAGGAGUUCAUCGGUCAUCCCAAGUGGUACACGGACAGAGGGAUUCCGUACAGAAGGGGCUACCUGCUUUACGGACCUCCGGGCUGUGGAAAGAGCAGCUUCAUAACAGCUCUUGCUGGAGAGCUGGGCUACAGUAUCUGUCUGAUGAGCCUUAGCGACCGCAGUCUGUCUGACGACCGGCUGAACCACCUGCUGAGCGUGGCCCCGCAGCAGAGCAUCAUCCUGCUGGAGGACGUGGACGCCGCCUUCGUCAGCCGCGAACUCCUGCCCACCGAGAACCCUCUGGCGUACCAGGGCAUGGGGAGGCUGACCUUCAGCGGGCUUCUCAACGCUCUGGAUGGGGUGGCGUCUUCCGAAGCCAGGAUCGUCUUCAUGACAACCAACUUCAUCGAAAGACUGGACCCGGCUCUGAUCCGGCCGGGCCGGGUGGACGUGAAGCAGUACGUGGGGCACUGCACCCCCUGGCAGCUGACGCAGAUGUUCCGGCGGUUCUACCCGGACGAGCCGGCGACGGAGGGGGAGCGGUUUUCGGAGAGCGCGCUGGCGGCCCAACCAGAGCUCAGCGCCGCGCAGGUGCAGGGACACUUCAUGCUGUUCAAACUGGACCCGGCCGGCUCCAUCCUCAACGUGGCCAACAUCAAGGACUGAUGGGGGCGCAAGGCAUUCUGGGACGCAGGGCGCUGUGUGCGAGUCAGUGCCACAGCUCUGGACUUAACCGCUGUCCGCCAGUAAAGCACUAUUCACACCCAGUCGAAAUGUGUUCUUUUUAUUAAAUAAAAUGGCACUUUAGAUGAGUUCUGUGUUGCAUAUUGUACUGGACUGUAUCUUGUGUGAAAUUAGUAUGGUCUGGUUUAUGACCCAUACAAAUGAUUACUGAGGAGUGGAAGUUCAGUUGUCAUCGGAGGGACGUUAUUACCCAGUGUGCUUUGCGCUGUAAACCACAAUGAGCGUGACGCUGAAUCACCUGGUGGCCAUGAAUGUUUUGUCUGUGGAAGUAAUGAUGUGUGUGUUGCACUGGGGGAUUUUCUUUCUUGGUUGUCUUUCCUAAAUCCUAAGUCCACAGGCGUGGAUGGUUCAAUGCGUGUUACAUGUAUUUGAAAAGGAGUCAGUCUUUACAGAAUGUCAUUAGUGGCCCGGUAGUCAGUGAUUCUGAUGCGAAACUGCUGCUUAUCUUUAAAAAUGUCAGAGUUGCAGGUGUAUCAUUGUGUAUUUAAAAGCUGUUUCUGUUUUUUUCCCCCAGGAAUAUUUUUGUAGGUGACAGCGAAUUUCCAAUCAGUUCAGUGCCCUUCAGCUGUUGCCCCUGAUAAAAACAAACGGCUGUUUGAGGUGUUGCUGUAUGUAGGGAAAUGCUGUAUUGCUUCCUGUGCAGCACUGACACCUAGUGGACACUUACAGUAUGUUCAUUUUUUUGUGAUUGGCAGACGGUGUGUUGAAUGAUUUCAGACAAAAUGUUCACUAUUAAAGUAGUGCGAAAUAUUAAAUGUUAAAUAUACAGUACCUUCAGAAAG